GUUCAGUCCCAGAAGGGCCCAGGUAUGGAGUGUCAUUGUCAGUUUGGACCUGAAGCUGAUGACACUGCUGUGAGUGUGUCCGUGGCCGACCUGCCAGGGGAGAGCAGAGGGGCAGGGCUUGGCAGGACAACAAUGCUGCUGAUUCAGCAGAUCCGGCUGCUGAACACCAUUUUACUUUCUCAGAGGGGAGAGAAAGGGGAGACACGGAUGCAGGAGGAGAAGUGGCAGCGGAUGGUCAGUGUUGCCGACGAAGCACACUGUGCAGUGAGCAUGUCUGCAGAUUCGUUUGGCGCCGGGGGCAGCGAUGCCCAGCAGAGCCUACAGUCGUUCUGGCCACGCGUCAUGGAAGAGAUCAGGAACCUCACGGUGAAGGAUUUCCGCGUGCAGGAGUUGCCUCUCGCCCGAAUCAAGAAAAUCAUGAAGCUGGAUGAAGAUGUGAAGAUGAUCAGUGCGGAGGCUCCAGUGCUGUUUGCCAAGGCAGCUCAGAUCUUCAUCACAGAGCUCACGCUGAGGGCCUGGAUUCACACUGAAGACAACAAGAGACGCACCUUACAGAGGAAUGACAUUGCCAUGGCGAUAACGAAGUUUGACCAGUUUGACUUCCUUAUCGACAUUGUGCCCCGGGACGAGCUCAAGCCCCCCAAACGACAGGAGGAGGUGCGUCAGUCGGUGGCCCCAGCAGAGCCGGUUCAGUACUACUUCACCCUGGCUCAGCAGCCAGGCCAGGUGCAGGGCCAGCAGGCCACUGGACAACAGGCUACCACCAUCCAGCCUGGACAGAUCAUCAUCGCACAGCCACAACAAGGACAGGUGCUGCAGGGGACCACAAUGCAACAGUUACAGCAGGUGCAGGUAGCCCAGUCACAGGGCACACCUAUCACGGGAGGGGCUCCAAUGACCAUGCAGGUGGGAGACCAGCAGGUCCAGAUAGUACAGGCAUCGUCCCAGGGCCAGACCCAGACGGUGCAGUCAGGACAGACCAUGCAGGUCAUGCAGCAGAUAAUCACCAACUCCGCAGAGAUCCAGCAGAUACCAGUGCAGCUGAACAAUGGUCAGUUGCAGUACAUUCGGCUGGCACAGCCUGUCUCUGGCACACAGGUGGUUCAGGGACAGAUCCAGACGCUGGGUAACACUCAGCAGAUUACACAGACAGAGCAAGGCCAGCAGCAAUUCAACCAGUUUACUGAUGGACAGCAGUUGUAUCAGAUUCAGCAGGUGAUGCCGGCGGGACAGGACCUGAGCCAGCCGUUGUUCAUCCAGUCCACCAAUCAGACGGCUGAUGGACAGGUCACCACACAGGUCAGCACAGACUGAGGCUCUGGAAGCAUCCUCCUGACCACCAAACCAUUGACCACACCACCUGCUACCAUCCAUAAGGACAACACUGGCUCAAACGCCAAGGGACCUCCUAGGAGGCGUCCAAAAUGGUCAAAAGUAGAGCCCAAUAUAGGGUGCCAUUUGGGAUGUACCCUUACUCUCAUUCAAUACACUGGUCUAUGACAUGAUAUCAGUACUUAAAAGGAACUGUCUGACAACAACAGUUCUUAAUUCAGUAUACUGGGUCAGAUACCAAAGGGACUGCUCUACAACUCCCUCUCAUUCCCAUUUAAUAUUGUCUCUCUCUGCCUCCGUUAGUUCCUCCAGGCACCCACUCUCACCUGAUAGGUUCCCCAAAAAAGCCCCCAUUCAUGAGAGCUACACACAGGGUAUCCGAACACUGAAUCCUCCAGGACCCAACUCUCCUCCGUUUUAGUGACCAGCUGUUCAUCCUCGAUGUCUGUAAACCCUUUAUGUACAAACCUCCUCUAUAUAUUCUCUGUCUCUCUGAAGUACACCAUAUGGGUGGCUCUUGUGUUCUCUAUGGGUACGUCCCAAAUGGCUCCCUAUUCCCUAUACAAUGCACUCAUUUAGACCACGGUCCAAAGGGUUUUGGUCAAAAGUAGUGCUCUAUAUAGGGAAUAGAAUGCAUUGGGAUGCAUCCUAUGGAAGGCUUGGCCCUUGUUUUGUCUACAAGCCAAGAGAACAUAAAUCCUUUCUUUGUAAUGUUUUUAUGUGUAGACGUUUCAAAUAAUAAUCUAUAAAGCCAUACUCUUACCUAACCCAUUUAUUUCACAAUAAAUCAUUGUCAAUUGUACGAGACCAGCCAUGAUAGGUCAAUUAAGUUAUGUUAGUCUCUGGCAGGUUUUUCCACAUUGACGAGACAUUGCCAUCGAUGAAAGGGCUUCUAACUGUAUGAUUGAGUUUGAAUUGUGUGUGUGUGUGUGUGUGUGUCAUUCAAUAUUGUGCAGUUACUGCAGUAUACUUUCCCCAUGGCCCAGUGAUCCUAUUCACCUCUUCAGUGCCCCCUCUUCUCCAUUUCCUCUUCUAUUCCCCUCUCUGUCUCUCCAUUCAUUUCCACUGAUCACUCUAUCGUUAGAGCAGGGAGAGGUUAGGCCUUUCUGUCUCUGCAGUCUCUUCUUUCUCUCUUUUUCUCUCCCUUUACUGUUUCCUGUAUCCAGAGAGGUUUGUGGUUCUCCUGCCUGCUCUGAGGAAGUCUCCUGUAUAAAAACAACUCCACUGGGAGAAAGGCCUCUUUUUAUAAACUCUUAUUUUGAAAUCCUGUUGUAACUUGUCAAUGUUAAUUUGUUUUUAUGAUCACCCCUCUCCCUCCUCCCCUUUCUUAUUUAGUAAGUUUAAUUGUUAUCAUUGCUGUUCUUAUUAUUGUCGAUUUGCAUGUAGUUUAAACUGCCAGCAUGAUAUGCAAUAGAUGGGUAGACAUUCUAUUUUGUAAGCAAACUUUGGGUUUGUGAGAAAAUAAAAUGCAAAUAAAAAACA